AAUUAAAAUCCAUAGUGAUAAUGAAGCAAAAUAAAGAUAAAACCUAAUGUAUUUAAUAUCAAUGAAUUUUAUCUCCACACUCACGUGAAUAUUACAAACCUAAACUGUUAUUGUUACUCCAAUUGCAAUCCAGAUAAGCAUUGGCCAAGCCAGAGUUGAAAGGCACAAGUUUUUACAAUAUUGACUAAUUUAUUUGAUACGUCUCUCCUACAUAAUGAUCGGUAUUUCGAACGCUUGCGUUACUUUGUGUAUUCUUUUACUCUUUGUCAACAUACGUGCUUCAUUGGCUCAAUACAGUAAGCCUUGGAGUGAUAAAUAUGAGAGCAAUAAGUGUCCAAAACUAUACCCAAAGAAUUUUAUCAAUUAUGCCCCAGUGGGUAACCUAACUGCUGGAAACUACUCAGAGAAAACAGGUCUCAAGGGUCUCCGGCAGUGUGUGAUGGCAUGCUGUCUGGAGGAGGCCUGCAACAUAGUGUUCAUCUUUGAUUCCCGCUGCUUCCAUGUGGAGUGUGUUAGUGAUGAGCUGUGCUUGCCGCUGCUGAGGGUCGGGAGCCCUAAGUGGGAGUCUCAUGUCUCUAUGAUACUGGUCAAGCCUGUGCUGCCCAGUGAAAACUGGUCUGACAUCCUAGAUCAGUCCAGCUACAGAGAAUCGGGCAGCAAUUAUUCUCCCGAAGAGGAAUCGGUUUACUCCCCGUACGCCAGGAACCAAAACCUUCUAACUGACGAUGAGGAAUCUAACUUCCUGUCGCAUUUCCUUAACAAUCUGCCGAUGGAGGAUGAUGACACUAGGCCGUAUGAUAAAUACAGAGAUAGUACUGACAAUGAGUUGUUAGUGGAUGCGACUAGGUUCCUAGAAAAAGUCCCAUGCGAGGUCGGCGCAUCGGGAGAUUGCCCCUUCAAUUCAGAAUGCAUUCCUCUCGGUCUGAAGACCCGCAAUGGCAUCUGCAAAUGCGUGCCCGGCACCGAAGAGAACGCACAAGGAGUCUGUGUACAGAUGUUGAGGCCUUUCUCUAAGGGGCCUACCAUCCCUAUGGACAGCAAGAAGAGUGAGGUGGCGGACAAAAUGGAGAAAUCUGAUGCGGCUAAGACUGUUCAGAAUUUGACGGUUUCCAUUGUUUCUAAAACUGUCCAACUUCCAGACAAUGAAGUAACUUUGGCAGCGUACACAAUUCCUGACGAAAAGGCUACGAUGAGCCACUACAAUUAUGCGUGGACGCUAGUUGACCAGCCCAAUGGUGGAUUCACAGGCAACAUGAACCAAAACGGUGCCACAGUGACUCUAACCGAGCUGACGGAAGGCCAGUACCGCUUCAAGCUGACUGUGAACGGUACUAACGCGUACGGCGAAGGGUUUGCCAACGUGACGGUGUUACCACCAUUAAGGGUGAACACACCACCGCAAGCGGUAGUGACACCGCAGACACAGACUGUGAAACUGCCGAAUUCUGUUGCUGUACUUGAUGGCAGCGCCAGUAAGGAUGACGACGCAAUAAUAGCCUGGCACUGGGAGCUCACAUCCGGCCCUAUCGGCUACCAGCCACCUCUGGAAGACAAACCCACACUAGUACUGAAGGACCUCAAGCAACCUGGCAACUAUACCUUCAAGCUUACCGUAGAAGACUCAGACCACGUGAAAAACUCCACGACUGCUAACAUUACAGUGUUGAACCAUACGGAUUACCCGCCUGAAGCUAAUGCAGGUCAAGACGUAAUAAUCUACCUCCCAAACAACAACCUGACCCUAAACGGGAGCCUGUCGACCGACGACCACGAGAUCACCUCGUGGGAGUGGACGAAGGCCGCUGAAGACGAAAACAAAGCAGUCGACAUGCAGAAUACUCAUUCGCCUUAUUUGCAGCUAUCCAACCUAUCGGAGGGCAUGUACACCUUCGUGCUAAAGGUGACGGACUCGUCAGGGCAGUCGUCGGCGGCCGAAGUCCACGUGUUCGUCAAGCCGCCGACCAACACCCCGCCAGAGGCUCAUGCCGGCCCUGACCAGUUCAUAUCCCUUCCCCAAACGUGGGUAACCCUCAACGGUUCGGCCUCGCACGACGACCACCGUAUAGUCGCGUACACAUGGCGCUGCCUCGUCGGCCCCUCUAACAGUACCAUCCUCAACUUCAACGAGUCCGUCGCCAACGCAACCGUACUCACCAAGGGCCAGUACGUUUUCUCGCUGACUGUACUUGACGAUAAUGGGAACUCUGCAUCGGAUAAUGUUACUGUCAAUGUGGCUCAGAACCAAAAUAGUCCCCCGAAAGCGGACGCUGGCGGAAACCAAGUACUGUACCUACCGCUGCCGGUCCUUAUUCUGAACGGAUCUAAAUCAUCGGACGAUUUCCGUAUCGUAUCGUGGAAGUGGAUGCGAUCAGGCUCGGGCUUGGCCGCUGGCACCGUCAUACUAGACUCGGACAAGCAACCUGUGCUUAUGUUAACGAACAUAGAGCCGGGCCGCUACGUGUUCGAGCUAACGGUGACGGACGACCAAGGCGACUCUGACAGAGACACCGUCAGCGUGCAGGUGAAGCCAGACCGCCUAGAGCGCAACCUGCUAGAGAUGACCCUCAACAUCCCCAUAUCGUCGUUCACGCAAACACAACUAGAGUCACUCAUUCAGAAGAUGACGCUGCUGCUCAAGGACGAUGUCAAGAUCAAUGUCACGGAAGUGCGCGGGGAAAUCGACUCGGGAAACACGCAGCUUAUAUUCUUCUUGUGGGAAAAUGGCCAAGCGAUGGAAGGCAUCCGAGCGCUAUCCCUCUCCCGCACCGGCCGCAGCGGCGGGCCGGAAGCCGCCGCGCGCGUGCGCACAACUCGCUGCCUCAGCACUUGCUCCGGGCGCGGCGUGUGCGACGACGCGACGCGCACGUGCCGCUGCGACGCCUUCUGGAUGCAGAGCCUGUUCGCCGCGCUGCAGCCGCACCACGCGCCCGACUGCGAUUGGUCGGUGGUGUACGCGAGCCUGGGGGGUGUAGCUCUUCUAUGCGCGCUUGGCGGCAGCUGUUGGGGCUGCGCUCGUGGCCUUAGACGACUGUGCGCUCCUCGCAAGCCACCGCGGAGACCGAAGUACAGGCUGCUGCCAGUUGCUGACCAUGAAGAUAAGCCUUUCACCGCCAAAGACCUGUCGGAAUCUGAGACGGAAUCUGACGUGCUAUUCGAGAGCAAGAGCAAAACAACCUCAUUCGCGACGCGACUCAUGAACGGAGAGGCGCCGCACAGCUACAAGAAGAACGGGCACUACAAGGGAACCAGGAAAGUGAAGACGUAGCUCAGAAGUUAUGUGGUGGCGCGGGCUCGAGCACAGCUAUGUUGGAUCCUUUGAUACCUUCGCGAACACAGAUGGCAAGACAGGUAACGUCUAGGACCCUUACACGAAAUUACUCUGUACAGGUAGUACUGCACAAUACUGAUAUGUACGAUACGCUAUAAUGCCUUCACGGGGCAUCUGUAUAGUGCGAUUGACAAGAUUCAAAAAGCACCUCAAAAAAUUAAAGAUCAUAAUAAUUUGAAGAGAACCUAGAAAUAUUCAAGUGUUUUUAAUACGACGUAUUGGAAAUCGACGAGCCUUUAAUAGUCCACUUCUUGGUCUAGUUUCAUUCGUCGAUAACUCGGUAGAAUUAAAGUGCAUGGAAAGCCACAGGUUGUAUAACGACUUGUGAAAGUCAUAUGUUGAUAACUAGGUUGAAACGGCUCGUGAAACUCAUAAUGACAUUAGGAUAUAAAAUCGCACACCCCGUAUACGUGCCCAACCCCUAACGACCAAUGAAAACAGUUCCCCAAUGCGGGUCCUAUGACAUGUUCUGAAGAUCUACCGCACCCCUCAAGCGGCCCUAUCGACCAAAGAAACUGAGCCAUAGACACUAAUGAACCAGCCAAUUGCCGCUGGUGUAACUGGCCCUAAUAGACAACUCCUGAUUUAUGACUAACAAAACUUUAGUAUAAAUGGUCAAUGACAGUGUCUUUUUGCCUUCGUGGCAAAGGCUACAGUCUGACCAAAAAGAGUAAACAUUUAAAAGUGGCAAGAUUGUAGUGUGAUCCCUUUCAAAUGAAUAUGUGUGAGAAAACGGGACGGCACGACGAUGUUGCCACUUUUUAAUUUUACUCUUUUUGGUCAGCCUGUAUUGUAGAAAAUUGCACGUUUUUGUAUUUACUUAAACGAUGUUUCGCUAGAUUUAAAAAUACAGUAAUAUAAAAAGAGGCGUUAGACGUUGUGAAAACAAUGAAAUAAUAUAAGAAUAACACAGCUCACGUGAGUCGUAUAUAUUUAGAAUUAGGUAUUUUUACUAGAAUGUCAUAUAGGUAAUUUUGUUAGAUAUA